AUGAGCGACAAAGUGACGGAAUCAUGCGUAGAGUUUGAAAGACUUGUAAGUGCCCAAUGUGAAUCAUUGAUUCAAAUGAUACACGAACGAAGGGAGUUUCUAAUUGAUACAAUAAGGAUGGAUAGGGAAACCAAGUUAAGAACAUUAAAAGAGCAGCAAAUAAAUUGUACGGGAAAGCUUCAACAAACAACUGGCCUUAUCCAGUUUUGUAUAGAAGCUCUCAAAGAGAAUGAUAAUGCGGCAUUUUUACAAGUAGGGUCAAUGCUUAUAAAUCGUGUAGCUAACACGGACAUGACGUGGCACCAAGAAGUUACGAAUGCCGCACCACGAGUGUCACCAAUUGUCGAUUUGACUUUAGAUGAUUCACAUGUUAUUAGAGCCAUUGAUAAUCUCAACUUCGUUCAAAUGAAACCUGCUAAAGAAGGGGAAGAAAGAAUACCAGCAGUUCCAUUGGCACCACAGAUCAUUCCUAAGGAUUGUUCAGCUGAAAAUAAUUCUGUAACCGUUGCCUGGCAAGCACCUAAUCACUCUUUUGUUCAAGGCUACGUUUUGGAAUUAGACGACGGAAGCGGGGGUGAAUUUAGGGAAGUUUAUUGUGGCAAGGAGACGAUUUGUACUGUAGAUGGGCUGCAUUUCAAUUCAAUGUAUAAUGCACGUGUAAAAGCGUACAACACAAGUGGAGAAGGCGAAUAUUCUGAGCUAAUUGGAUUACAAACUGCCGAAGUUGCUUGGUUCACUUUUGAUCCAACGUUAAGCGGCGAACUUUGCUCAGGAUUAACAUUUUCGAAUGACAACCGGACAGUAUCAGCAGACGGUUGGGAACAUUGUGUAGUGCUUGGCUCUGUUGGGUUUUCUCGAGGAGUUCAUUAUUGGGAGUUUACGAUUGAAAAAUACAGUGCAGAUACAGAUCCUGCUUUUGGCAUUGCGCGCAUUGAUGUUAGUCGAGAUAAAAUGCUUGGUAAAGACGACAAAGGAUUUGCUAUGUAUAUCGACAGACAACGUUCGUGGUUCCAACAUAACUCUAUUCAUGAGCGUCGUGUUGAAGGCGGAAUAUCAACUGGUAGCACGGUGGGUGUUUUACUGGAUUUGGAACGUCACACACUACACUUCAUUGUUAAUGAAAUGCCACAAGGCAGCGUCGCCUUUCGAGAUCUCUAUGGAGUCUUUUACCCAGCAGUUAGUCUCAAUCGAGAUGUAACUGUAACGCUUCACACUGGAUUAGAUGCUCCUCAUAUGGAUUAUCAUUAAAUGAAAGAUAAAUGUCCAUAAAAAAUAAGAAGAAAAGUCAAAAAGCAACAAAACGAGAAAUAUUUAGUCAUCACUUGAACUUAUGAGUCACAAGUGUUAAAAUAAAUUCAGUCUUCAUUAAUCGUACCUCAGCAACAGGAGGGAGAAGUCUCACAAUGGAAGCAGUUUGCAGUUGUAACUGAUUACCAUGUAUGUACAUAGUUCAAAUGAACAAUCUCUGUGUCAUCUCUUAUCUCUACCGUAACAGAGAAUGGAAAAUUCAA